AAAAACAAACAUAGCCUGUUUCUAAGUCUCAUGUCUUUGUCUCCUUAACAACCCUUCCCUCACUUGUUCUAAAAAUAAAUAUAACCUUGCAGGGGACUUGACAUGUUUAGCCUGAAGGCUAAGCAAGGUUAGGUAACUGACAGCUACAAUUUAAACCCCAUCUCAAAUCCUUCCUUUUACAGAAUUUCCUUACUCGGGGGCUUCUCAGUUCUUCUUCCAAAUGAAUUACCAAUAGCUGUACAGAGAAGCAGAAGAAGAAUUCCUGGGGGAUCAUCCUGGAGGGCUGUGUGUUGGGUUCUGCUUGCUUGCUUUGACUGCUGUUUCUCUUUCUUCUGUCUAGGACAAGAACAAUGCAGCUUCACAUCUCACCGAGUUUGAGGCAUGUGACAGUACUUCCAGGCAAAGGAGUUAGAGAGUUCAUCAAAGUCAAGGUUGGUUCAAGACGGGUUUCAUACCGAAUGCUCUUCUACUCACUUCUCUUCUUCACAUUCCUUCUCCGGUUUGUCUUUGUAUUGUCAACUGUUGACAGCAUUGAUGGAGAAACCAAGUGUUCCACCAUAGGUUGCCUGGGAAAAAGAAUAGGACCCAGGAUCUUGGGAAGAAGGAUUGAGUCAAAUGUCCCAGAAGUGAUAUACCAAGUACUAAAUGAACCAGUAAGCAAAGAUGAAGUACAAGGAAAAACUGAUGUUCCUCAGACAUUAGAAGAGUUUAUGGCUGAAAUGAAAGAAAGCAGAUCAGAUGCAAAAGCCUUUGCUCUAAGACUAAGAGAAAUGGUAGUUCUACUUGAACAAAGGACCAGAACGGCCAAAAUCCAAGAAUAUUUGUACCGCCAUGUAGCAUCAAGCAGCAUUCCGAAACAGCUGCAUUGCUUGGCACUAAAGCUAGCCAAUGAGCACUCCACCAACGCAGCUGCUCGCCUCCAGCUCCCCUCAGCAGAACUCGUCCCUGCCCUUGUCGAUAACUCUUACUUCCACUUUGUACUUGCCUCAGAUAAUGUGCUUGCAGCCUCAGUUGUUGCAACAUCCCUUGUAAAAAACGCAUUACGCCCUGAAAAAUUUGUUCUACACAUAAUAACAGAUAGGAAAACCCACUCCCCCAUGCAGGCCUGGUUUUCAUUGCACCCUUUAUCGACUGCUAUAAUUGAGGUUAAGGCAUUGCAUCAGUUUGAUUGGCUUUCAAAAGGGAAGGUGCCCGUUUUGGAAGCAAUGGAAAAAGAUCAAAGAGUAAGGUCACAGUUCAGAGGGGGAUCAUCAGCAAUUGUAGCAAAUAAUACCGAGAAGCCUCAAGUUAUCGCAGCCAAACUACAAGCACUCAGCCCUAAGUACAACUCCUUGAUGAAUCACAUUCGGAUACAUUUACCAGAGUUGUUUCCCAGCCUCAACAAGGUAGUCUUCCUAGAUGAUGACAUUGUGAUUCAAACUGAUCUUUCACCUCUAUGGGACAUUGACAUGAAUGGAAAAGUUAAUGGAGCAGUGGAGACAUGUAGGGGUGAAGAUAAGUUUGUCAUGUCAAAGCGAUUCAAGAGCUAUCUCAACUUCUCGCAUCCUAUGAUUGCAAAGAAUUUUGAUCCUAAUGAAUGUGCAUGGGCAUAUGGCAUGAAUAUUUUUGAUCUUGAGGCUUGGAGGAAGACCAACAUUAGCCUUACAUACUAUCACUGGCUUGAACAGAACUUGAAAACAGACCUCAGUUUGUGGCAACUGGGUACUUUACCCCCUGGUCUAAUUGCAUUCCAUGGUCAUGUUCAUGUCAUCGACCCAUUUUGGCACAUGUUGGGACUGGGAUACCAAGAUAAUACAACUUUACUUGAUGCUGAGACCGCUGGGGUCAUCCAUUUUAAUGGCAGAGCAAAGCCUUGGCUAGACAUAGCCUUCCCUCAACUUCGACCUUUGUGGGCUAAGUAUAUCGAUUUCUCGGAUAAAUUCAUCAAGGGCUGUCAUAUUAGGGCAUCUUAACAAGGAUUUUGAGAGAGUAUAGUGACCACAAUGAUGAUAAAAUACAUGUUUGUAUAUGAGAAACAAAAAGAGGAGAGAGAGAGUUCUUUACAAAUUCAAGGCCUUCAAUACAGAUUCUGAAAUCAUAACAGCAUCACGCUUCUGAUUUUUUCGGAA